AUGAAAUUUGAACUUUACCACACUCUGCUUGCUGCCCUCGCUGCACCAGCCUAUGCCACCUCACCACCAACAGCAUCGUUCAAUAACUCCAUCUCGUGGACUGCCUGUGAAGCCGGGUCGCCUGACGGCCUUCACUGCGGUCAACUCCAGGUUCCGCUGGACUGGUCAAAGCCUCAUGGAGAGAUGAUCACGCUGGGGCUCAUGAAGCUGGAAGCUACCAGUAAAUCCGAAAAACUUGGCAGCCUCAUGUUCAACCCGGGUGGCCCUGGCGGUGCUGCCACGACAAUGUGCAAGUACCAAGCUGCAGGCGUGCCAUUCUUCGGUAAACCGCUCACAGACCACUUUGAUAUCAUAUGCCCUGAUCCUCGCGGAGUGGGCAUCAGCAGUCCUAUAUCAUGCGAUGCAUCCCUGUGGAACCACCUACCUUCUCUCUUUCCCAAAAAUGAAGAGGAGUACCAGAGGCUUUUGGAUACUUCCAAGGCCUUUGCCAGCAGUUGUCUCGAGUUGUCUGGCGACCUGGUGAGGCAUGUUGACACAAUGAGUGUUGUGCACGAUAUCGAAGCACUCAGAUUGGCUCUAGGCGACGGAAAGCUCAAUUGGCUUGGGAUAUCCUAUGGCACCCAGGUUGCUGCGCAAUACGCCGCCACCUACCCAGAGAGCAUUCGCUCCAUCGUCAUGGACGGGAACGUUGAUCACACUUCGACAGAGAUAUACACAACAAACGCCGAGGCCGCCACAUACGAGGACGAGCUAGUUCGGUUCUUCGAAUGGUGCAGCGUCACAGAGUGCUGUCCGCUCCACGGGCAAGACGUCUCGAUGUUGUUUCUUGACCUGGCGGCGAAGGCUGAUAGUGAGGCCAUCCCCGCUCCUGGCUGUCUAGCUACAGCAAACACGUCGUCCGCCGGGAGCUGUCGAUCCAACGUUACCGGGGAGGACAUUCGCUUCAACGUGCAAGGAAACAGCUUGCUGACGCAUAAAGACGAAACUGCAAUUGCGCUAGGUUGGGGCUUGCUUGGACAGGCCCUGAAUGAAAGCUUGCAGGGAAACGCCACUCUGCUCUCGUCCGGCUGGGCGACAGACAACAACUCCUCCCUUUGGCAAGGACUCGUGAUAGGGUGCCUUGACUGGUAUGCGACCACUGAUAGCUUUGCCCAGAACGAAUACCGCCAGUCCCUCGGAAACGCCAUAGCACCGCACACCAAAGGGGCAUCGCAGUCAUACAUGCUCAAUACAAGAUGCAUCGACUGGCCCUUCAAGCCGAAGAAUCUGCCAGGGAAGAUGAACGAGACGGCGCUGCGUCAAGCCCCUCCCAUACUCAUGGUCAAUGCCGAACACGACCCAGAGUCCUCCUUUCUCUGGGCUCAGAACCUCUACGCGCAGAUGCCGAGCGCCACCCUUCUGACGAGGCAGGGCGACGGUCAUGCAAGCUACGGAAACAGCGGCGAGGCUCAAGCCAUCAUUGAGUCUUACCUUGUUAAUCUAACGAUGCCGGCCAAAAACACAAUCGCGAAGUCGUGA